GUAAGGAGAAUUCGUACGUCGGGCGCAAUUUUGAGGGUGCGCAUUGCCGCAGAGGAAUGUUUGGGCUGACUUGAUGUCUGCAGAGGGUGUUGCGCGCGAAGUCGCGGCGCUAUAUGGCGAACGACCGCCGCCUGUCGCAGUCUACGAAGAAAAGAAGGCGUACCGCGCAAAGAGGCAGAACCAAGGGCCCGCGAAGAAGUGGGUCCAGCAGCCCUUUGUGAACCAAGCUCGCGACGACGGCCUCGUCCUCAAGCACUGGCGACGGAAACCCACCACUACACCCCCCGUGCAAGACGGCGAAGACACUCCGAUGGAGGAUGGCGAGAGCGCAGAGUCUUACAUCGAGAACAGCGCCGACUUCCUCAAAUACAGCAUACAGGUCGACCUACCCACCUUCACCGACGAGGAAUACGAUGCAUAUCUGCGGAGCGACGACUGGAGUCGCGAGGAGACCGACUACCUUUUUGAGGUUGUGAAGGACUACUCGUAUCGGUGGGCUGUCAUAUGGGAUCGCUACGACUACCAGCCUGCGAACAGGUCACACCUCACGCAAGAGACGGUCAAUGGCGACGCGAGCCAAGCGCUGGCCGCGCUGCCCUUCGCGCCGCCUAAGCAACGGACCGUCGAAGACCUGAAGGCUCGAUUUUACCACAUCUCAGCCAAGCUGAUGAAGCUGCGGAUACCGGAGAUGCAGAUGGACGCAGAACAGUACACCCUCUACGAGACCCUCUCCAAGUUCAACCCCGAGCUCGAAGGCAACCGAAAGCUCCUGGCAGCCGCGCUGAUGAACCGAAGCAUGGACGAGGUGAAAGAGGAGGAGUUCCUGCUCGCAGAACUACAGCGCAUCAACAUGGCGGCUAACAGGCUGGACGCAGAACGCGAGGAGCUGCGCGCGCGCCUCGAGCACCCCUCCGCGAACCAACAAGUGUCCGCCGGCCUGGCCUCCUUCACAUCAUCACAAGCCUUGCAAGCACUCUUCUCCCAACUCUUCGCGCAAGACAGAAGCAAGAAGCGUGCGUCAGGCGGCGGCACAGGCCCUUCGCGCAUUAGCCUCAACACAAACGACCUCAUCCAGACCCCGUCCUCCGCCAACGCCCAACUCUCCGCCGCCGCCCGCCGCCAGUCCAUGGCCACCAACCAGUCCGCCCAAACCCCCAUCCGCACACUCUCCCCCCAGCAGGAGCACCGCUACAAUGUCUCCACCCACGACCGCCUCACCUCCGGCGUCACCUUCGGCUCAGACAAGCUGCUCAAGAUGCGGCAAGCAAAGAGCAACGUGCAGACGCAGAAGAUUGCGGCUGCACUCGCUGAGCUCGGUGUACCAGACGUCAUUCCCCUGCCCACCAGCAAGGUCGCCGACGUGUUCGAGCAGCUCAUCGGCAAAGUGGGCAAGCUGCUUGAUGUGCGGAAAGUGCGCGAAAAGGAAGAGGGCGAGAGCCGCGUGCUGGCGCAGAUGAAGGAGCGGCGUGGGUCCUCGGGGGCACUGGGGGGUGAGUCGGGCGCGACCAGCGUGGAGCCCCAGGGCAAGCAUGAGAUUCCGGAUUCGGCGGAGCAGACGCCUGGCUUGGAAGGGGAUGGGGACGAUGACAAUGACAACGAUGAGGAUGGCGACGGCGAUGGCGACGGCGAUGCAGAAGGCGAAGAAGACGACGAGGACGCCGAGGGCGAGGAGGAUAGCAGGGUGCCGAGCGAGACGGUGAGUCGCGCUGCGAGCACGGCCCAUAAGAGGAGCGCGAGUGUGCUGAGCCAGGGGAGCGUGCAGAGCUCGAAGCGCGCGCGGAAGUGAGCUAGUCCCUCUCCUCAACCACCCAUCAUGGUCUGGGGCAUGCAUAGCGUUGGCGUUGGACGGGUGGGAUAUUAUUUUCUGGUUCUUCAAAGACGGCGUGACUGCUUCACCGCCCAGUUGGAUCACAGAUUCCAAUGUUAACUGCCAA